AUGGAGAAGGCAAUAUGUUUUUUGACUAUUUUAUCGUUGUGUGUGGCACGUCCAGAGCCACCAGUAAACUCGUAUCUACCUCCCGGUCAGGGCGGUCAAGGAGGUUUUGGAGGAAGUGGCGGUAGACCAGGGGGUGGUAGUCCUUCAAAUCAAUACGGUCCUCCUAAUUUUCAAAAUGGAGGUGGUCAAAACGGUGGUUCUGGUUUUGGUGGUAAUGGAAAUGGCAAUAGUUUUGGCCCACCAUCAAAUAGUUACGGUCCACCAGAAUUUGGAUCACCGGGAGCCGGAAGUUUCGGUGGUGGUCGUCCACAAGAUACUUACGGACCUCCAUCAAAUGGAAAUGGAAAUGGUAAUGGAUUUGGAGGAAAUGGAAAUGGAGGUGGACGACCAAGUAGCCGACCGUCAGACUCUUACGGGCCACCUUCUUCCGGAAAUGGCUUUGGUGGAGGAAACUCGGGAAGACCUUCUGAAUCCUACGGGCCUCCACAAAAUGGAGGAGGUUCCGGAAAUGGUAAUCAAGGAGGUGGCAAUGGAUUUGGCAACGGAGGUGGACGAGGUGGACAAGGAAAACCUUCUGAUUCUUACGGACCCCCGAAUUCCGGUAAUCGCCCUGGAAGUUCAAAUGGUGGUGGUCAACAACAAAAUGGUUUUGGAGGUGGAAACGGUGGAAGACCUUCAAAUACUUAUGGGCCACCAGGAGGUGGAAAUGGCGGGGGUCGACCGGGUGGGUCCUCUGGUGGAUUUGGUGGCCAAAACGGUGGAAGACCAUCCGAUUCUUAUGGACCUCCUUCAAAUGGAAAUGGGAACGGUGGAAGACCUUCGAACAACUAUGGACCACCAAAUAGUGGUGGCGGCAAUGGCAAUGGCUUUGGUGGAUCAAACGGCAAACCAUCUAAUAGCUAUGGACCACCCUCAAAUGGAAAUGGUGGUGGCUUUGGAGGAUCAAAUGGAAGACCUUCUAACAGUUAUGGGCCACCUUCUGGUGGAAACGGUGGUGGUUUUGGUGGAUCAAGUGCUGUAGGGAGACCCGGCAAUUCCGGAUCUCCCUCAAGUAGUGGUAGUGGUUUCGGUGGAAAUGGUGGGGCAAGCCGCCCAUCUAGCAGCUAUGGCCCACCAUCAAAUGGUGGUGGUUUCGGAAAUGGAGGUGGUUCUAAUGGCAGACCUUCGAGUAGUUAUGGACCACCUAAUAGUGGUAGUAAUGGUGGUGGAUUCGGCGGUCAAAACGGUAAUGGUCGUCAAAAUGGAAAUAAUGGCCAAGGAGGUUUUGGCGGUCAACCAUCGAGUUCAUACGGCCCACCUUCGAAUGGAAAUGGAUUUGGUGGUGGUGGUGGAUCGAAUGGUUAUCCUCAAAAUUCACAAGGUGGUAAUGGAAAUGGAUUUGGUCAAGGCAGUGGUGGAAGACCAUCAAGUAGCUAUGGACCUCCAAGUAACGGAGGCGGAGGAGGCGAUAAUGGAUAUAGCAGUGGUGGUCCCGGUGGUUUUGGUGGUCAACCUCAAGAUAGUUAUGGACCUCCACCCUCUGGAGCAGUCGAUGGAAACAACGGAUUUUCCUCUGGUGGUUCUUCUGGUGAUAAUAAUGGAUACUCGUCUGGAGGCCCGGGUGGAAAUGGAUUUGAAGAUGGAAAUGAUGAACCUGCAAAAUAUGAAUUUUCAUACGAAGUAAAAGACGAGCAAUCAGGUAGUAGUUUCGGGCAUACAGAAAUGCGCGAUGGUGAUCGAGCACAGGGCGAAUUUAACGUUCUUUUGCCAGAUGGCAGAAAACAAAUCGUAGAAUAUGAAGCUGACCAAGAUGGGUUUAAACCUCAGAUUCGCUACGAGGGUGAAGCAAACACUGGCGGAGCUGGUGGUUAUCCAUCCGGUGGUCCUGGAGGACAGGGUGGAAAUGGCAACGGAGGUUAUCCAUCUGGUGGUCCUUCUAAUGGAGGUUUCGGGGGACAAAAUGGUGGUGGCAACGGAGGUUACCCAUCUGGUGGUCCCUCUGGUGGCGGUUUUGGUGGACAAAAUGGUGGUAGUGGAGGUUAUCCAUCUGGUGGACCUUCCGGUGGUGGAUUUGGAGGCCAAGGUGGUUUCGGAGGUCAAAACAGUGGUGGCAAUGGAGGAUACUCAUCUGGUGGACCUGCAAGUGGUGGCUUUGGUGGUCAAAACGGUGGUAACGGUGGUUAUCCGUCUGGUGGACCUUCGGGUGGAGGAUUUGGAGGCCAAGGUGGUUUUGGAGGUCAAAACAGUGGUGGCAAUGGAGGAUACCCAUCUGGUGGACCUUCAAGUGGUGGUUUUGGUGGUCAAAAUGGUGGAGGCGGUGGCAAUUAUCCGGCAGGUAGCGGUGGUGAUGCCGAAGCUAAUGGCGGUUAUCAAUACUGA